ACUUCUAUAUAUAGAAGUCAGCUGCUUGAAACAGAGCUCAUUGCCACUUCUCUUCUUUUUCUCUCAACAGACAGAAAGAAACCUUAAAUUACCAAACUUCAGUUAAUUAAACACAAAAAUGGAUUGGGUUAGAGGUGAAACAGUUGGCCAUGGAAGCUUUGGCAAAGUUAGUUUUGUGAUUCCGAGAAACCAGAGUACUCUGUUUUCUCCAUCAAUGGUGGUUAAGUCUUGUUCCGCUUCCUGCUCAGCUACUUUGAUGAACGAGAAGAUAAUCUUGGAUGAACUUAAGGGGUGCCCACAAAUAAUCAAUUGCGUUGGUGACAGCUACAGUUAUGAAAAUGGCGAAAAGCUAUACAAUGUCUUGUUGGAGUAUGCUUGUGGGGGUGCUUUGUCGGAUAAAUUAAAGAAUUCCGGUGAUCAGAGGUUGCCGGAGCUUGAAGUCAGGGAGUACACAAAGGGGUUACUCAGAGGGAUUCAUUAUAUCCACAAGAAUGGUUUUGUUCACUGCGACAUAAAGCUUCCAAACAUUCUUUUAGGCGAAAAUGGUCAAGUAAAAAUUGCUGAUUUCGGAUUGGCAAAGAGAGCGGAAUCAAAGAGAGAUGAUAAAUUGAGAUGUGAAUUGAGGGGUACUCCACUGUACAUGUCACCGGAAAUGGUGAUCGGAGGCGAACAGAAUACUCCGGCUGAUAUCUGGGCACUUGGCUGUGUGGUGGCGGAAAUGGCAACUGGUAAUCCAGUGUGGAGAUGUUUAGAUAUAAGUAAAUUGUUGAUGACAAUUGGAUUGGGUGACCAAUUACCUGAAAUUCCUCAAAAUUUAUCGGAAGAAGGAAAAGAUUUUCUUGAAAAAUGCUUGAUGAAGGACCCGAAAAAGAGAUGGACAGCUGAGAUGCUUCUAGAACAUCCCUUUGUUGCUGAUGAAGAUGACACUGUUUUAUUAAAUUACGAAAGAUGCAACAGUGGCAGCCCUUCAACAUCUCCAAGAUGCCCAUUUGAUUUCCCAGAUUGGGUAUCUAACAACUCUGCUGAAUCCUCAGUAACAUGUUCAAUUACAUCACUGCCCUCGCCGGCGUUUCAAGAAUUGAUGAACUGGAACGACGGGUCAUGGUCUACAUCGCCGACAGAGAGAAUUCGAGAAUUAGUGUGUGAACGUAAACCUGAAUCUGAAUGGUCUACAGCUGAUGGCUGGGUCAGUGUUAGGUGAUGUCAAUUUUGUAGUAAAAAAAAUUAGUCACAGAGUUCUCUGAAUAUUUUUGCUAGCCAAUUUGUUCAAUUUUUUUGUACAGAAUACAUACUAUGAAUUUCUAUAUGACUAACAAAUUAUAUGGUUAAAGAACAGUACUUUUUUAGUUUCUUAAUUUGUUAUUACCUC